AUGUGGGAAAGUCGGAAACGCGCUCUGCAGUCCUAUUUCGACCAGAUGCUGAAGAUCAUUGACUUUAAUGUUACCGCUGAGGAAGGUAAUGGUAGUUUAAUGAUAACUGUCGCCAAGCUUGAUCAGCUAUAUGAUUGACUCUCGCUUACAUUCUUUUUUCUUUCUUCCUUCUCCUUGCUUUUCUAAGAGUUUAUCCAAGUGGCGCAGAGUUUUGAUGUAGCAAGAGGACAGUGGCAGAAGGCUGAUCAGGAAUUAAAGGAAAAACGAGAAUUCUUGAUAAAAUGUGAAAGUGAAAGGUCUGCGCUACAAGUGAUGCUUAAACAUGCCCGCAACCAGGUGGAAGUGGAGAUGAGGAAACGCCAAAAAGUUGAGGUUGAACUGGAUAAAGUGGUAAUGCCCAUAGAGCUACUUGGUGUAAAUAGAAGCAUGUGGUACAGAAAAUGUUAGAUUUGAUUUUAGGUGGUUACGGCCAUUAGCUGCUUCUGCAUACCAAUCAUAAAUACAGCCUUUCAGAUGUCUCCGCAAUUGGUAAAUAUUCAUCAAAACAUUUGGUUAAAGGGACACUAUAGUCACCAAAACAACUUUAGCUUAAUGAAGCAGUUCUGGUGUAUAGAUAAUGCCCCUGCUGUCUCACUGCUCAAUUCUCUGCCAUUUAGGAGGUGUGACUAAGGAUGUUUAUGCAUCCUUAGUCACACCUCCCUGCAUGUGACUUGCACAGCCUUCCUAAACACUUCCUUUAAAUGUGAUCUAAUGUUUAUGCUUUCUUGAUUGAAAAUUCUGCAUAAUUUAGAAUGUCUUAUCCCCUGCUCUGAUUAUAGCUUGCUAGACCCUGCAGGAGCCUCCUUAAAGUUCACUUUAGAGAGCAGGAGAUACAAACUUUUAAAUUUGAUUGAAAGUGAAACUACUUUUUUUUUUAUUUAUUUUUUAUUAAUUUUUUUUUUAAUCCGGCUGUGUCUGUCACUUCCAGGGGAGGUGUGGCUAGGUCUGUAUAAACAGAAACAAAAGUGAUUUAAUUUCUAAAUGGCAGAGAAUUGAGCAAUGAGACUUCAGAGGCAUGAGCUAUACACCCAAUCUAGUUCAUCAAGCUGAAGUUGUUUUGGUGACUGGCUUUUUUUGUGUGUACACGUCCGCUCAGACUGAGGUUGGGCACAGGGUAAUUGUUACCAGGAAUUGUGUGGAGGGAUGUCUAACUACAGGUUGGGCAGUUGAGUUGAAAAACACAAGUGAUUGGUCUUAAAGGGAUAUACAUGGCUAUAUUUAAUCCAUUUCUUAAUGCAUUAUGCAGGUUACAAAUAUGCAAAGUGGUUAAAGCUACAAAUCACAUUUAAGAUGACCUAGCUGCAUUUGCUUCAAAUCCCCACACCAUGCAGCAUCUGAAGUAAAUUCUCACCAACCCACUUAUUUGUAGGUAAUGUUGCUGAGCUUAUCUCUUAAAGGGGCACUCCAGGCUCCCACACACGUUCGGUUAACUAUUUUAGGGGAUUGAGAUCUUGUAAAGUUUGUUCAUGUUGCAAAACCACAAAACCAUUAUUGGUUAUAAUGUAACACUUGAUUACAGUGUUUUUCGAUAUUUUUUUUUUUUUUUUUUUUUAAUAUUUCCUUUUAAGGAACGUCAACUCCUGCUGAUUGGCGAUCUUUUAAAGACUGACGGUCAGGCAGUGGCUCCCCUCAGCGAAUCUGUGUUGGCCUUCUUUGGCAGAACCAAAGGCAAUGCUGCAACGCAAGAUGGAAACAGGUUUAGUCUAAAGAAUUUACUUUUCUUUAAGGGAACGGUUAUAAUCUUUGCACUUGUAUUUUGCCAGUUACCAAAAGCAUCAUGUUGACCCUUUCAUUUUUUUUCCCUUCACCCAUCUUUGUGACUGGCAUGCCCACCUUAAAGUACUUUUCUCCAUACAUUGUAACCUUUUAAAGGAACACUCCAAGCAUAAUAGCCACUACAGCCCACGGUAGCAGUUAUGGUGUCAUGAGUGCCAUGAUGCCCUCACAGAGAAAUUUUUCAAAAUAUUUCAGAAUGGUUUGACAACUAACCUGGGUUCUGGGGGGCAGCUGCACCUCAUCUGGCUUGUCAUGCUGGAGGAGAUAAUACUAUCACCGAGUGGAACUAGCUCCAAUACAGUGGAGCACUUUAAAUUUCACAAUGAGAAUCUGGAAAGCAGGAAUCUGGAUGCGCAUGCCUGGCAGGACCCAGACACAUUAAACUAGGAAGGAACCGGGACACGUCUGGCACCAGAAUCACUACUAUGGGCUGCAAUUGUUCUAGUGCUUCUAAUGUUCCUAUAAACUAGAUCUAUGCUAGAACACUCAGCUGAAGGAUAGGUGGUUGUCUGCGAUAUAGGAUGCUCUCCCAUAUUGGCAUCCUGUGCUGCUUAGUGCGCAGUGUUGUACCGGGCUCUUUAGCGUCCUGAAACUGCAUUGUGGGAGCAUGUCGUUGUGUGCACACCUAUGACAGCUGCUAUAUAUGUUUGUUACUGGUGCACCAUAACCUAAAAUCUCCCAAAAGUAAUGUGUAAUCUCCAAUUUUGUUAGUACUUUGACAAACACAUGUAACUAUUAAAUUGUGUGCCCUAUAAAGUUACUCCCUGUUAAGUAAUACUUCUUGACAAGAACAUAUAGAUUUUAGGUGUUUAUUUUUUUUCGUUUAUCUUAUUUUACCCCCUCUGUUCCAGGACAUCAAUAGUAGAUGAUUCUUUCCUGUCUUAUUCUGGCAUUAGCUAUGACCGGACGGAUGAUGAUUUGGUAAGAUAAGAUUGGACUGUUCUUCACGAUCCAUUGAGCCUCAUUCUAGUUUUGGUUCUUUUUAAUCGUAAGCGAAUAAGGAGGGAGUAUUUUUUUUUUUUUUUUUAAUUAUUAAUUAUUCAGCAUUAUCACAUCCCAGCCACACUUCAUGUCUACACUGAUCUCUGCCCCUUGACCCCCCGCUCCCCAUAUCUCAUGUAACAACCUCUUCUACUGCCUUACUGGUGUGGCUGGACAUUCUGGGGUCUUAGAAGAGAAAAAAAAACAGUGCAUUACAUACACUAUGCCCUUGCUCUCUUCACUCUUCUGACAACGGGUUUAUAUUUAUUAAUAAAAUAAAACCACAAAAUCUCAUUCCAUCCAAUUUAAAUGCUAAUUUCUGUCCCUUUCGGUGUAACUGGGAGUCUUUCGCUGAGCGUUCAGCCGAGAAAGGUCCCUGUGGGGAGCCUUCUCCCCCCUCCUCCACCCUGUUUAGCUCUCCCUCCCCUGCUCACACAGUGCUCCUGAGAAUACAUCCUGUUUGUAAUUUGCUUUCCUUAAUGCUUUUGAACCGUCCAAAGCUGCCAACGGUGUCUCCCAGAGGCAGCAUUAAUAUUUAGCUGGUGAGAUAGCACUGUUGUCUAGUGCACACAGUGGUUAGGGGUUGUGUCACACGUCCAGAUCUUUUACACAAUGUAUCUUUGUUUUAUCCUGGGAAAUGGCUUAAUUAUUAUAGCAGUUAGGUUGGCUGAGCACCAUGGGAAAUGAAGUCCACAGAGUGCAAGCUUUACUGACCUAAAGAUUGCAUUCCUUCACUCCCCCCACACACCAGACUUUUUUUAAUGCCCUGAAAUCUAACCAGACACUCAGAAUUAGGCGUAAAGUCUGUGUCCUGUAUGCUACUAACUUGUUUGUUUCACAGAGAAGAUUUAAAAUAUUCUGCCCAUUUCAUGGAUGAUAGCAUCGCAGUCAGGCAGCACGGUCCCUAAGAACUAUGUUUCCAUUUAGAAGCCAUAGGGCUGCUUUAGACUGUAAGCAUGUUUUGAGACUUUGAUAAAUGUAUUUUAUUUAUUUUUUCUGCGUUUUCAUUUAAAAAAAAAAAAAAAAAUUUCUCCACCCCGUUCUCUCUCAGCCACCUCUUUAUUUUUGGAAGUGUGUUUGUAUAUAAUCUGUUUUUUCCAUUCUUUAGGAUCUGGAUGAGCUUCCAGGCAAACCCUACAAACAAAAACCUCAAGAAAGAAGGGUGAGUGUUAAUGGCAGGAGUGGGUUAUUCACUAAACAGUAAGGAGACAAAUUUAUGUCAAUCUCCAAUUGUCUUUAGGGAGUUUGACUGUUUGGAUAUACAGGGAAGUUUUGUAUUGUAAAUCAAUGCAAUUAAUUGGAUCUUCCUUCUAAUUGGGUACCGAGAAACUUGCUUUUUUUUUUUAAUAUCACCACUGUUGAAUAAUAAAAAUAUGCACUACUUAAAUGACAGUCUAUUAAUAUUCGCAUCCCUUCCUGUCCUCGCAGACUCUGUCAUGCCAGUAAAUGAGGGGGUCAGGUGUUAUUAAUGCAAGGGAAGGACUGAACUGACUUCAUUUGUCAGCAAACUACCCACAAUUAAGUUCAUUAUUUGGAUACGAGGUUCCUGUAGGUUUUGCUGAAUCUUUCCAUACAUCGCCAGCUCGGUUUCAGGGAUAUUUAUUUUCUCAGCUCUUGUCCGGCUGCUGUGUGCCAGAGCCCUAUAGCCAAUGCUUCAUAAAAGACCGGGUAAGUUGCUGGGGAGUCCUGCCAGCCAUUAUGUUUAAAUGGAAACAAGUUAGUGCUGAAAUAGCAGACAGCGCUGCUAAGUUUAUCUGAUGGGGUUCAUGCUUGUAAAGCACGCUGUAGCAUGCACUCCUUUGUAUAACAAAAAUAUACAGGUAGCGCCAAGAAAAGUACUCCAAACACCAUAGUAUAUAAUAAUAAGAGCAAUAAAAAAAAACAGGAUAUAGAGAGUCCACAAUAACACUUGAAAGAAUAAAAAAUACCAAAUGGUACGGCACAGUCCCUAAGGUUGCAAUAGAUCUUAAGUCCUGGUAUGGGACUUUCUUGGUAGCUUCGUUUAAUAGCAGUAUAUGAAAAGGAAGCAAAAACAGAGGCAAACCAAUAGUGCAAUAUGGGAAUACGGGUAGGACAAACAACACUUGCAUAAGAUGUCAACUCACAUAUGGUAGAGCUAUAACCAGCUCUAGGUAAAACAGCAUGCAGUGGUAUACAAUCCUCACUUGCAGGAUAUCCCUCUGGUUUUGGUACACAGUAGAAUGAUGGUAAAUCACAAAAUAGAGUGAGCAGACUAACUGCUCUAUGUAUCAAGCCUGGGUUGUAUCCCUACCAAGGAUUUCUUUGGUUGGUUGUCCACAGUAGGUCAUCGGUCCAGAUGUCAGGUAAAAGUAUAAAAAUAAAUAAGUUCUAAAAAUAUAUUGCUAAAAGGCAGGUAGUGAGGUAGCCAAAAUACUUUAUUUUAACAGCAGCAUAAAAAAACCACAACGUGUUUCUCCCCUUAGGACUUUCUCAAGUGGUGAGUGUUUUUUGUUUGCCACUUGAGGAAGCCCUAAGUGGAGAAACGCGUCCUGGUAUGGGACUUUCUUGGUAGCUUCGUUUAAUAGCAGUAUAUGAAAAGGAAGCAAAAACAGAGGCAAACCAAUAGUGCAAUAUGGUAGGACAAACGACACUUAGAUAAGAUGUCAACUCACAUAUGGUAGAGCUAUAACCAGCUCUAGGUAAAACAGCAUGCAGUGGUAUGCAAUCCCCACUUGCAGGAUAUCCCUUUUGGUACACGGUAGAAUGAUGGUAAAUCACAACUGGGUAACCAUGUGGUAGAUAUGGAAUGACAAAAAAGCAGCCAAUAGUGCUCUCUAUAUAGAUCGGUAAGUUUCAGUUGUUGUUCUCAUCGUUAUCCAGAUGUGAUUUACCAUCAUUCUACUGUGUACCAAAACACGUGUGGGGAUUGCAUACCACUGAAUGCUGUUUUACCUAGAGCUGGUUAUAGCUCUACCAUAUGUGAGUUGACAUCUUAUCUAAGUGUCGUUUGUCCUACAUGUAUUCCCAUAUUGCACUAUUGGUUUGCCUCUGUUUUUGCUUCCUUUUCAUAUUCUGCUAUUAAGUGAAGCUACCAAAAAAGUCCCAUACCAGGACUGAAGAUCUAUUGCCACCUACGAGACUGUGCCGUACCAUUUGGUAUUUCUUAUUCUUUCAAGUUUUAUAUCGUGUGUUUUUAUUGCUCUUAGUAUAUACUGUUGUGUUUUGGAGUAUUUUUCUUGGCGCUACCUGUAUAUUGUUGUUUGACUUGUUCUAGUUUUCUUGGGGGUUGGAGGGAUUCCCCUAUUAUCAGGUGUGCUGCCUCCCAUCCUAGUGUGCUUAGUUUUAGCGCUGCUCUAUUCCUUGUGCAGUUUUGACUCCUUUGAAUAAAGUGUUUUAUCGUACCUUGAAACACAGACCAUGUAAAGGUAUAUACUUUACAAAAAGGUUGUCCUAAGGAGGGAAUAGUUAACAAUUGCUAACUGAUCUCAACCUGUCUUCUCCUUUCCUGGUUAUAAACUUGCCUCCUUUCAACUGCCGUGGAGAGAGUAGCACCAACCACAGCACACUCUAAGAUGAAUGUUAUUCUUAACCUGCAGUGCAUAAACAACUGCAAAUUCUGACUUAUGUUUGCCCCUUUUUAACACAAGAUGCAGCAUAAGGUGCAGAUAAAGCUCCCGUUUGUGUAUGUUGCAUCAAUCGUUGAUUACUGCAACCCUCUAUUCAUCUAGGUCAUACUUUUUUACUUUUGUGAUAGACUUACUAGCAGCUCUUCUCACACCUCCCAACUUAUUUAAUGUUAUGUUUAUUUCCUAUAUUCUUCAUGGUUCAACUUCAAAAUCCUGUUUCUCGUCUACAACACUCGACACAAAUGUAGCACAGCUCAUACUGGCCCCCAUUCUGCCAACAACAUUUGACCUUCCAGAGUUCUCAUCUCUACAUCAGGCACCUACUUACAAUGCUGUAUUUCCCCUUAGCCCUCAUUAGCUCUUAUUACAUGUGUCUGUUUUCACAUUUUGUGUAUUCAUUUUAUAUUGUUUCAUAACAUGUUAAUGCAUUUGUACAUAAUAAUCUGGAUGUAAGCUCCUGUGGCUGAACGUUCUAGAAUACCGCCGUCAUCAGCUGUAGAAUCAACGACUGUCUGUUUAUGGUCAAAGGUUAACAAAAUAUGGUUUAUGAGUUGAUUUCACAAAGUUAUCCUCAUGUCCCUGUCUUUCAGCGUUCAUCUCUGGCCCCAGUGAUCGCUCCACUCCUGAAAAGGUCCCGUCAUAGUGUCGCUACGGCUAUAGUACCUGACAAUGUAAGUGUGUCCAUCUGUGCUAAUAACGCCACAUCAUGUGCCUGGCAUGUACUGUGAUCUAUAGGCAGGUCAUACUUAAUGUCUGCUCAGAGUGAAAAUAUUCACAUAUCAGUAUGCGUGUGUUUAUUUAUACUGUGUCCCAGUCACACUGUAAAUUAUUGCCCUUUAAUUAAGAGAUACCAUAUUAAAUUAAUUAAACUAUUCCCAGACUGCUUGACAAAACUGGCUAUCCAUAGAUUACUAGUAACAUCACCACUACACUGAACGGCUAUCCUCUUUAUAUUUUGGUAAUUGGGAAGACAAUAUUGGCAGUGUUGAGAGUGUUUUUUGUAUAGUGUGUCCUGACAUUAAUACUUAUGAGUGCUAUAUCUACAAUGAUGCUUAUUAGAACCCUUUAAAGUGGAUCUGUUCCUUUCAGGAGUCUUUGCACAUUUUGCAAAUACUUUUUUUCUUGUACUGCUUUUUUGGUGGUCUUUUUGACUUCUGGUGAUUCAUCUGCAAGGAGCUGCGUUAGUGCUGUACGUUUGCGCAUGUGUGAGAGUAGAACACUGAGGAUUAUGGAGGAUACCGCAAGACCAUGGGAGUUUUCAUAGAUGACCUCUCUGAAGAAUGGAGACCAUACCUGAAUCCCUCAGCCAACACUUGUGAUGGCUCCUGGGAUUGGACAAAAGUUAAUGCUGUAGCUCCACUUUUUAUCAGUCUCAAGCUUUACCAAAUUACAAAGUAGUCCCUGCUUUGUAUAUGGCAUCUUUGGAAUGCAUUGGAAUUUCAAUGAAACCUGUAUUUCACAAUUAGAUUAUCAUGGAAUACUGACAUGUGACAGUAGCUUUAUUUCUGUUUAUCAAUUAAACUGUUAAUAGCUCCUGACUGAUUCCUCUUCUGCAACUGUCAGUCUAAUACUAUCCUUACCCUUUUGUUUCACUUUACCCCACUCCCUCUAGCAUGUAAGCUCAUUGAGCAGGGCCCUCAACCCCUCUGUUCCUGUGUGUCCAACUUGUCUGGUUACAACUACAUGUCUGUUCGUCCACCCAUUGUAAAGCGCUGCGGAAUUUGACGGCACUCUAUAAAUAUCAUAGUAAUAAUAAAUAUAAACUGCACGUUGCGUCUAAUUCUUGGUCAAUCUCCUUUUAUUGAAAUACGAACAGUGGUCAGAUUAUUACAAUAUCAAAGUACAACAUCAGGGUGUAACAUUAGUUUUACGUAGCAAGACUUUUGCUUUGAACUUGUUUGUAUAUCAUAAUUUCAAUAAAUGUUACAAUAAAAGGUGAUGCAUUUUGGGUCUAGGUAGCAAAACCUAUAGGUAAUACUGCAUUUGACUAAACCAUGGGCCUUUGUCGACCCUCCCCUCCGACUACCAAUGAUGCCAGCUCCUGGGCUUCGGCCUGGGUUUGACCCGAGUUAGCUAGCAGGAAAGCUUCUCGUUGAUUUAAGCCUGUGUCAGUCUCGAGGCAGUCAGUCUCGGGGUAUGGGUUCUCUGUCUCGUUUGUUCUUGCGUCGGGUCCUGUCGUGUAAUUAGACAGUGGUGGCUGAUAGUGUCAGCGGUCUCUGGGACCUCAGAACUAGCUAUGCCUCCCAGUAUGAGCCUGAUCGUCCAUUCCCUCUAGUUUUUUGUAUCUGUGUAUUAUCUUGUGGGUAUUAUGUCUGAGUCUUGCGCUAUUUUGACUGUUCGGGUUUUGAGUUUAUAUCGAAGUGCGUUAGUGCGGCCCACCUCGGGUUUAUAUCGAUAUGGCGGUCAGGAGGCGAGAGGUCAGGCCCAUGAGUUCCAUUCAAGUAUAAGGGUGUUCUGAGGUGCAAGCGGCAAGAUUAGUAGAGAGAGGUGGGGUGAGGGAAGGGGAAAGAGGGGGGAAAAAAAGGGAGGGGAAGGUUGGGUUAGUUCAGUGUUUCUGCCAUAGGGGGCACAGCGUCCCCCCGACCCUCCUGAGGCCAAGCGCGCCCAUGGUCCAGAGAGGCGCCUUCGUGUUCCAAGCAUCCCUUGCCUCCGUGUUUCCUGAUCUGCGAUAUGUUUAGAUUUUGCUGUCCUACGUGUGUGAUCGACGUCAGUGGUCCUGGGGUGGUGGUUAGCGUUAGGUUGGUCCUUAUGGAGUACCAGGUUCGUAGCGUCGCUCCAAUGAGCAGGUGGUUGCGGGAACGCGCACCUGUCAAAGAGCCAUACCGCCGUCGGAAUCGACCCAUCCAUCUGGUUGCGUCUAAUUCUUGGUAUACUACAGUCUAUUCCUCCUUGUGAGUAACGUCUAUCUGCAUUUAAUAUGCUCAUUCUUGCAUAUUUUGUAACGUUUUGUGUGUAAUAAAUGCAAACAAUCUUCUUUCCCUUGGAAUGUCUAGAUCUGAUAAGAUCCCUCCCUAGUUUUCCUCUGGCUUACUGCUAAUCCAACCUUCAUCUGAGCCAGGAUACACUUCAAGGAGGAGAUGCCAAUGGAGGCCUGCUGCUUAUUUCUGGGUUACCGUUUGAUACAACAGAGCUGUCUUGAAUGAUAACCUCAGUUUGUCUGGUCAAGAUAACAUCUCCCAUCUCCCCCAGCAAGCUAAGCAGUUAGCAGAUGCUGCACUGUCACAAUAAUAUUCACAGUAAUGUGACUUCAAUGCGACUUGUGCACUGGCAGUAUUAUCAGUGUGUUUUCUUUUUUUUUAACUUUUUCCAUUUUUAUUUUUUCCCUUUGUGGAAUCAGGAAGCUUUAGGUAUGUUUCUGCAGUGAGUUUUAAAUGGAUAACAGAGUCAGGUAUGUCAUGCAGGCCAUGAUAAAUUUCUACAAUACAUUGUGCUGCCCGUCGGUUAGGUGCUCAGCCAAUUCUUACAUUCACCAUAUUUUGUAGCAUUUUGUGUUUAAAUCCUGCAAAUCUUGACUCGUCAUAAAAAAAAAAACCUCUCUGCCAUUCUAUGCCCUGGCUGCAUGGGUGAGCAGUUUGAGAAAGAUUCUCUAUUGAAAUAAUUAGAAAAUAGAUCACAGAGCACUUUAUUUUCAGAGUAUAGGUAUUUGGUGUUUUCUGGCUUUCUUACAGGAGUGAUCCUUUACGGUGAUUAGACCAGGAAAACUGAGAAACUAAUUGGUGCAGAGAAGCCAUAAAAAAAAAAAUCCAUGUUCAAUUUCAUAGCACAAAAGAUGCUUAAUCAUAUCCAUCCACAUUACUUUUAUAUCCAAAGAAUAUAUAUUCUAGUAUGUUGGGUUCUCGCACGGUCUGUGAUACCUUUAACAAUUUCAUUGUAACAACCAACUAGUCCCCUCCCCAUCUCCAUUGCUUUGCUUAAUUUAGAUCGUAAGCUCUCUCGUUACAGCAUUGUCACUGUUUUUGUUUCUCUGUGUAACCAUAGGUGCACUUUGAGUGUACGACUGUCUAUGACUGUUGAUGUGUUCUUUUGUACCUGCCAGCUACUCUAGGUGUAUAUAGAUUCUCCUCUAAAGUGUUAGAUGUGCACUGGUACCCAGCCAUUGCCAAUUAAAACUCUGCUCAAAACUAAUCCUAGAUACAUGUUCUGCUAUUUGCUGUGUGAUCUUUAAUGUCUGAAGAGUGAGAGUGCCAUCUGCUGGCAUUUAUAUAAACUACUGGUUUGCUAAUUGGGGGGAUAUAUAUCAAGGCAAAAAGGUGCUAUUUCGGAUGCACUUUGCAUCAGAAAUAGCACCUUUUUGCCUUGUUAUAUAUCCCCCCAAUUAGCAAACCAGUAGUUUGCAAUAGAACCUUUAAUAGAUAUUCUAUUGCUUUCCUUAGUGAUGACGCCUCACCCUUCUGUCAGUCCCUACAUUGGCUUCCUGUAAGAUAUAGAGCUCAAUUUAAACUUCUCAUUAUGUAGAGCUUGUUUUCACAGCUCUACAUAAUGCUGCUCCCACCUAUCUAUCCUCCCUAAUACACACGUAUUUCCCGUCUAGGCCCUUACGCUCUGCUGAAGACUUACGUCUAUCUUCUGUCCAUACUCCCACCUCUGAUGCUUGCCUUCAAGAUUUCUUGAGGGCUGCACCGUUCCUGUGGAACUCGCUUCCCUCCUCCGUUAGAUGCUCACCCAGUCUCCACUACUUCAAAAAAUCAUUAAAAACCCACUUCUUCAUAAAAGCGUAUCAUUUAACCCCUUAAGGACCAAACUUCUGAAAUAAAAGGGAAUCAUGACAUGUCACACAUGUCAUGUGUCCUUAAGGGGUUAAACUGUUAAAAGCUCCCGACUGAUUCCUCUUCUGCAACUGUCACUAGUCUAAUACUACCCUUACAUUUUUGUAUCAUUUUACCCCACUCCCUCUAGCAUGUAAGCUCAUUGAGCAGGGCCCUCAACCCCUCUGUUCCUGUGAGUCCAGCUUGUCUGGUUACAAAUACAUGUCUGUUCGUCCACCCACUGUAAACACUGCAGAAUUUGUUGGCACUAUAUAAAUAACAUAAUUAUUUAUUACUUUGCCCCAAAAAUAGUACCUGUUUUUGCCUUGAUAAAUUGUUCAUUGCUUGUAGUAAAAUUGUGCCAUCCUGCUGUGGUACGUGGUAUAUUACUAUGGGGGACUCAGUUAUCUAAAUCAUUAAUGUAACCUAAAUCUGUGACACAUACCAAAAGAAAUCACAUCUGUUUAUUUUUACAUUAAAAAAAAAAAAACAUGCCCUCAUUUCGCCCGUUCAUAUCGAAACACCUUUUCUCAGUAAGUCUUUUGUUUAUCCUUUGCAUAACUUUGUCAGCGGUUUAGUAAAAUAGGUUCUCCCAGUCUAUAGGAAAUUUCCUUUGUCACAAUUUAUUUUAUGUUUUUUCAUUAUUGAUGUGUAUUAUAGAGCCACGCUUGCUAAGCUAAGUUUAGAAACGUAGGAGUUUUUAUGUUCAUGUAGUGUACCAUUCGUGCUUCAAAGUGAUAUCACUUGGCCUCAAUAUCUACAAUUGCUUAGUUGUCCAGUAUUUCUAUCAGAAUUUUUGCAUUUCUCAAAGGGUUGUGCUGAUAUUUUUCCUUAAAAGUUUUCUGUAUCCCUUAAAAUUGUUAAUCUACCCCAGCUACACCGUCGUUGGUUAUCCAGAAUGGUCUCCAUUUGUACUCUAACCUUGAUCGCAUACAGUCCAAACCUUGAGCACGGAGUCAAUGCAACGCUGUGUUAUUCGUUUCUCAGAUCUUAACACGUCUUCAACACACAACUACUUAGAGUUAUUCAAAGUAAAUUUCAAAUGCUAGGUAAAAAGACAAACUGGAAGAAUUGUCUAGGUCUGCUAUGCUGUUAGACCAGCUACUCUUAGAAGCUUGUAUUUUACUUUGAAUUCUUUCUUGAGUAAAUAAUCCUGUUACUACUGACAUUUCAUUUUUUUUUUUGUUUGAUUGUUUUUAACAGAUUGGGUCACAUAGAGUUCCAGCCUUGUAGAUAUCCCUUUCUAUGCAGUUUCCUCUGUGGAGUCUCACAUCUCUCCUAGUUAAAGAAACCAAAGUUUGAGACAUACCGAAAACCAGCUAUAAAUGAUUUCCGAAACUAUGCCUGUCUGGCUCCUACCUCUUCAUAACAAAUAUACGGCCACCUGCAAUAGACUAACUUUACCAAGACCAAAUUCUCCUGCAUUUAUUUGCUCAUUCCUAUUUAAUACUUUGGCCUCUGCAACCGUGUAUUGGAUCUGCGUCCUGUAGGGAGCUCCUGCGUCUUACUGUAAUCCCCUAUUACUGGUCACUAAGCAGAUCUACACAGAGAUAAAAGGAUUUAACUACUGUCAUAAACUAUUGUUUGUUUCUCUUUCAGCCAUAAUGACAGUUUACUCCACCUCAUAUUUUAUAAAUAAUAAGUUAAAAUCUGCAACGUUUAGAUAAACACCAUGGAAUGUUUAACAUUAUCCUGGAACGGCUACAAAAAAUGUUUGAACUAUACAUUCAGACAAUAAAUAAAGUCUAAAUCCUACUGGGAGGCAUAGUUACAAUCCUUUCUCUAACAUACGUAGCAUUUUAGGAAAGCUGGGCAAACUGGUCUACAGAGAUUACCAAAUAAAGCCUUGAGAUCGGCCCAAACAUCUGAUCUUCAUUCUGCAGAGAAACUCGUUUCUAAAACUCCAUUCUAUGCCUCUAGAGAAGGACUGUAAAUGGCAUUCCUCAUUUCUGUAAAAGGAAAAGCGAAAUAUGAAAAUUAUUUUAUAAACUUUCCUAAAUGUAUUUAUUUAGAACAACAUUCUAUACAUAAAUUGCUAUUUUAUGCUCUGUUUACAUUCCAACUUCUUGGCUAAAAAAAAACAAAACCAAAGAAAAACCCUGAUAUGGAUCAAACGAAAGUAAUUUAGUAGUUAAUCCUGUAAUAAAUCAGAAAAUUUGUGUUUUCCUGACAGUGUCCUGGGAAUACACAGGCCAAUGCAAUGCUCGCAGGCACUGACACAGCCAUGAUUGAGAUCAGUGUAUUUUAAGGCCAGCCAUUUCCCCUGAUCUUGGGAUUACCCAAUUUAGUUUCAAAUGGGAUUAUCACUAAAACUGUACGGUUGCUUGAGUUCUGCACUAUUGUGCAUCAGGAGGGCUUAUGGCCAAACCAAGACCAUUCCUUAUAUUUUACAAUACAGCAUGUUGUUAAUAACAUAGCCAAGCCCUACACUGUUCUUUGUUUUUAGUAGAUCUAUUGCCCUGACUAUAGAACCAAUAUGCAGGAGCACUGCAUUCUAAAUUUUACACUUUUCUGUGUCUUGCCACUUAUACCUGCAGGAGAGAGAAACGGUUAUUGCAAAAUCAACAAUGUUGGUCACAGAUGGAGGCUCCGUUCAAGCAAUGUCCACAGUGGAAGCUGUCCCCAGACGGAAAUCGCGAAGGAGCCGCGCCAUUUUCUGUCUGCAAGGUAAGGUUUUUUUGGUUUGUUUUAUGUGUGUUAGACCAAAACCAGCUAUUGCCAAGUUUAUCACUGCAGAUAUUUGAAAUGUAGCGCAAAGGCUGAUGGCAUCAACGGGUAAUGUAGUUCACAAAUAUCAAUGCCACAGCUAGCAAUCACUAACAUACUCCGGUAUUGUGCUGGACGAGCUCCAAGCAAGACAGUAGUAUAAUAGUAAAUCAAUAAAAAUGACUUGUUGGCAUGUGCAUUGUGGGUAGUAUUGACCUACUACUGCUGUCCUUUUGAUACGUAACAGUGCUCUGCAAUCCAAGUUUGACAUUAAAUGGUGAACUCAAACAAAUUUGCUAAAUUAAUCCCAAAGUAGUUAAAUUGUGAUCCUAGCAGGACAAUGUUGGAACAGUUUUUUUUUUUGUUUUGUUUUUUAAAUCUUUAUUUAGCAAAUUUAGUCUGGUUUGAAAAGUAAAAUUAAAUGUAGAAAUCCGCACCAGAGAAUAGCUUGCAUAGCGUACCGUGUGACAUAGAAUGUGAUGGCAGAUGAGAACCAUUCUGCCCAUAUAGCCUGCCCAAUUCUCUAAAUACUUUCAUUAGUCCCUGGCCUUAACUUAUAUCUAGGAUAGCCUUAUAGCCUUAUGCCUAUCCCACGCAUGCUUAAAGGGAUUCUCCAGUGCCAGGAAAACAUAUUCGUUUUCAUAGACAGCCACUAGAGGAGGACUUAACCCUGCAAGGUAAAUAUUGCAGUUUAUGAAAACUGCAAUAAUUACACUUGCAGGGUUAAGGUUAGUGGGAGUUGGCACCCAGACCACUCCAAUGGGCAGAAGUGGUCUAGGUGCCUGGAGUAUCCCUUUAAACUCCCUCACUGUGUUAACCUCUACCACUUCAGCUGGAAGGCUAUUCCAUGCAUCCACUACCCUCUCAGUAAAGUAAUACUUCCUGAUAUUAUUUUUAAACCUUUGUCCCUCUAAUUUAAGACUAUGUCCUCUUGUUGUGGUAGCUUUUCUUUUAAAUGUGGUCUCCUCCUUUACUGUGUUGAUUCCUUUUAUGUAUUUAAAUGUUUCUAUCAAAUCCCACCUGUCUCGUCUUUCCUCCAAGCUAUACAUGUUAAGAUCUUUUAACCUUUCCUGUUAAGUUUUAUCCUAUAAUCCAUGAACCAGUUUAGUAUCCCUUCUUUGAACUCUCUCUAAAGUAUCAAUAUCCUUCUGGAGAUACGGUCUCCAGUACUGUGUACAAUACUCCAAGUGAGGUCUCACCAGUGUUCUGUACAAUGGCAUGAGCACUUCCCUCUUUCUACUGCUAAUACCUCUCUAUACAUCCAAGCAUUCUGCUAGCAUUUCCUGCUGUUCUAUUACAUUGUCUGCCUACCUUUAACCCCUUAAGGACCAAACUUCUGGAAUAAAAGGGAAUCAUGACAUGUCACACAUGUCAUGUGUCAUUAAGGGGUUAGAUCAUCAGAAAUAAUCACCCCUAAAUCCCUUUCCUCAGAUGUUGAGGUUAGGACUCUAUCAAAUAUUCUGUACUCUGUCCUUGGGUUUUUACGUCCACGAUGCAUUAUCUUGCACUUAUCCACAUUAAAUGUCAACUGCCACAACUCUGACCACUUUUAUAGUUUACCUAAAUCAUUUGCCAUUUGGCUUAUCCCGCCUGGAACAUCAGCCUUGUUACAUCUUGGUAUCAUCAGCAAAAAGCCAUACCUUACCAUCAAGACCGUCUGCAAUAUCACUGAUAAAAAUAUUAAAGAGAAUGGGUUCAAGUACAGAUCCCUGAUGUACCCCACUGGUGACAAGCCCAAGCUUCGAAUAUACUCCAUUGACUACAACCCUCUGUUGCCUGUCACUCAGCCACUGCCUUACCCAUUCAACAGUAUUGGAAUCCAAACUUAAAGAUUGCAGUUUAUUGAUAAGCCUUCUAUGUGCAACAGUGUCAAAAGCCUUACUGAAAUCUAGGUAAGCAAUGUCUACUGCACCACCCUGAUCUAUAAUUUUAGUUACCCAAUCAAAAAAUUCAAUAAACUUAGUUUGGCGUGAUCUCCCUGAAGUAAACCCAUGUUGUCUCUGAUCUUGAAAUCCAUGUGUUUUUAGAUGUUCAUCAAUCCUAUCCUUUAACAUGGUUUCCAUUACUUUCCCCACUGCUGAAGUAAGGCUUACUGGCCUAUAGUUGCCCGAAGUCUCCCUGCUACCUUUCUUGUGAAUGGGCACAACAUUAGAUAACUUUUAAUCUUCUGGGACUACUCCUGUUAACAAUGAUUGGUUAAAUAAAUCUGUUAAUGGUUUUGCUAGUACACCACUAAGCUAUUUUAAUAACUUUGUGUGUAUUCCAUCAGGCCCUAUUGACUUUUUUGUCUUUACUUUUGACAGUUGAAAUUGAACCUCUUCUUCUUCUUCUGUAAACUCACAUGUAACAAAUGACUAAGUUGUCAUUUUUUCCUAACUUAGGCCUCUUUCCUUCAUUUUCAUCUCUAAAUACUGAACAAAAAUAUUCAUUGAGGCAGUCAGCUAGACCUUUAUCCUCUUAUACAUACCCUCCUUCUUUUGUUUUUAAUCUAACUAAUCCUUGUUUUACUUUCCUUUUCUCAUUUAUGUAUCUAAUUUAUAUGUCGUUCAUUUAAAAUGUGUUUUCUCCUCUCCUCUAGAUCUCUGCAUUUGGCAUUCCAGAUCUACUAGUUUAAUAUUGAGAACUGUUCUUUCAGCAGUGCAAAUUACAUGGUGCUUUCUUAAUAUGUGGAAUAGACACAAACUGACUGCACAAUCACUAAAAAGAAAGUUUGCAUUCUGUAUUGGAACGCAUGCGUUUGCCUGCAGGGCUGUUACCUUCCGACUCUGUUCUGUUCUUUGCCGACAAGUUUUGGAAGUAACAUUACUACAUAGGUUUUUGGGAACAGUGCUGCAGGCCCUUCGCACGUAGUGAGUCGUCUGUUUUAGAACUUUGAAAUGUCAGCGGUUCUUUAAAACUUAAUGAAAUAAACUGCAAUCCUCUGUUCCGUUGUGUAAAUUUAUGUGGAAUGCAGAUGGUCUGGGAAAUAUUAACUGUUGGCUGCCCAAGUUAGAAAUUGAAUGUUUUCUCACACUGAUGCAGCUGGGUUGGAUAAAAUUGUAAUAGAAUAAUCAACUUUAUAGAUCAGCGAUAGAUGACCUUUUAUAAUAGAGAUUGCUGCCUUAGCAUCCUGGGAAAUGUAGUCCAAAACAUCUAGAUUUCCCCAGAAUAGACAUCAAUGCCGCAGCUUCAUAUAUGCUUGUUUGUUUAAAUCGGGUAAUCAUCUGCCAGGUUUGUGACAAAAUAUUUCAUUCUAUUAACUAUUGUACAGCUCUGCAUAAUAUGGUGGGUGCUACGCUAACUUAUAUAUCCUGAGCUGACAUUCAUGUACUGGUAAAUUACGUGAGGAUAGUUUGGUACAUAGGGAACCACAUGACAUCUCUCCACUGGAGUAGAACACUAUAUUCCAUUGUACAGCGCUACUGAAUUUGCUGGCGCUAUAUAAAUAAGAAUAUGUAUCAUACUUUUUUUUUUUUCUUAUUCUCUUCUUGUAAUACAAUAUCAUUAAAUUAUUAUUCUAUUUGUUUUAUUCCUUUUGCUGGAUCCCCUUUAUUUUGGCAAUUAACCUUGCAUCCUCAGAUCAAUCCAUCACACUACCGCAAAUUACGGAAGCAGAGCAGGAACCUGAACUAGAGGCCGUUAUGAUAGCGCCCAGUAACGUGGCACAGACACAUGCUUUCCUGUCCAAAACGGUGAGAGACGUGAAAAGAAGGGGGCCAGUCUGUGUGCUUUAUUUUUCGCUCUCUCUCCUUAUUGUAAUGCUCAUUAGUUCUAGUGUUUGUCUGUAAGUAAAUUCUCUGACUACAAAGCCUGUUCAAAAUGCAAGGUCACAGGUUCAAAUCCCAGCAGGGUCAACUCAUCCUUCCGAGGUCCAUAAAAAAUGGGUGCCAUCAAUUGGGUAAAUAAUAACAUUACUAUUACUAUUCAGCUGCUGAUUUGGUUAAUUCAGAGAGCAUGCGCUGAAAGCCCUUUGAGUCCCACUGGAGAAAGGCGCUAUAUAAAUACUAAUUAUUAUAUAUAGUUAAGUAAUAAAACAGAUUAAUAUCCCAGAUUUUAGACAACAGCUUUUCAUACAGUCCUGUCUCCUUCUAAUUCUUCUGAUCAUUUCAUUGUGAAUUUGGAUUUUGAUUUCUACCAAGCUGUCCCUCUCUCACUGUCCAGUUCCAGUUUGAUAAUGUUUCAAAUAGGGUUUCCAUUCCAUUUAAUAAAGGCUCAGCUGCGUUUGCCCUACUAUUUGGGAUCAGUGUGUCUGUAAUCUGCUUUAAUGUGUACAUUAAAUGGUGGGGGACUUUUAUCAAGAAAAAGAAGAAAAAAUAAAUCACAUAUUAAGAUGUUUUAGCAGAAACUAUACAGUUAGAAGACCAUUGGGGAAAAAAAAAAAAAUCUUACCAGAUCUGUCAGUCUUUAUUUAUUUUUUGCUAACAUGUAAUUGGCUAUUAUUUGUGGGGUGUUUGUCGGUUUUGUAUUUUUACUUUACAUUCUAUGUAAACCACGCACACCAUUUAAAUUUAUUUAUCAGUAUGUUAGGGGAUAUUGGCACCAUGCAAUCCAUGCAGCCACUAAAGUAAAAAAAAAAAAAAACUUAAAAACAGCUGCUUUGAAUAUUUGUGUCACAUUUAGAUUUCUUUUCUUCAUCCUACACCGUGCUUUGGACUGAAUGUGCUUUCCCAUUUGGCACCCUAUGAGUUAAUGCUGUUGAUUUUUAAAUGCCAAAUCUGGAUGAACGAGUGAGGUUUGCCCUUUCCUCAGAUGAUCCGAGCAGAGCUCUGUGCUGUCUGUGGACAGAAAACGCGUUUUGGGAAGAUGUCUUUAAAGUGCAGAAACUGUCGCAUUCUGAUCCAUCCAGAAUGCAAGGGAUAUUGCUCCCGUUCAUGUUCGUCACCAGCGCCUCCAACUCAGAGUAUAUACCCCAAGAACGGCCAGGUAAUAAAUACCUAUAUUUCUGUGCUAAGACACAAACUGCUUCAGUGUUUUCACUCCAUGGCAUCUUUCUCUGCAGGGAGUCCUUGCUGAUUUUGCACCUACAACAUCUCUCAGAGUUCCUGGUCUGGUGAUUCACUGUGUGAAUGAAAUUGAGAGACGAGGGCUAAGUGAGGUGAGGGAACUAUGCAUGCAUUCACUGGGAAGUCUUGCGGGAUUAACUUGAACACAGACCGUAUUUGUUUACUUUAAAAUUAAUCUACCUGGUUCCUGAUACAGGUGUCUGUUGGGUGUGACAUAGUCCAUUUACCUGGUACAGGUGUCUGUUGGGUGUGACAUAGUCCAUUUACCUGGUACAGGUGUCUGUUGGGUGUGACAUAGUCCAUUUACCUGGUACAGGUGUCUGUUGGGCGUGACAUAGUCCGUUUACCUGGUACAGGUGUCUGUUGGGCGUGACGUAGUCCAUUUACUUGGUACAGGUGUCUGUUGGGCGUGACGUAGUCCAUUUAUCUGGUACUGCUGUUUGUUGGGCAUGAUGUAGUCCAUUUAACUGGUACAGGCGUUGGUGUGUGACACAGUCUUUCUAUAUUUGCUGUUUUUGUGAUACCGGUUUUUAACUCUGCAUUAAAUUAGUAUUUCUAAAGGUGAGCUCCUCGGCAAAAGUUACUAAUAAAAUGUCUCUUUGCUGAUUGAUGUGCGUCCUAAUGUCAAUCAGUAGGGGAAAUGUUUCGCGUUUCGUUGAUUAUCGUUCAGCAUUCUUGGUCAGUAAAGUAUUGGUGGUUAAUGACUGUGGGUGCGGUCUAUAAACCAUUUAGAAAGUGUUUUGUAUGAUUCAUAAAUUGAAUGCAGUUUGAAAACACUCUAUACCAGGCUUCCCCAAACUCCGGCCCUCCAGAUGUUGCUGAACUACAACCCCCGUGAUCCUCAGCCUGUCUUUUUCAUUAAUCGAAUCAUGGAAGUUGUAGUUCAGCAACAUCUGGAGGGCUGGAGUUUGGGGAAGCCUGCUCUACACUAUUGAAAAGCACUCUUCAUGCCAUGUCCACUUGAUAAACUUGAACACAGUCAGUGUUAGCCUGGGUUGACUUUGUCCUCAACAGUUUUUGAGUGUCUGUCCCUUUGAUGCUUGUUAUAUUGUUAAACUGCUCACACACCUGGUUGACUAACAGUAUUUCACUUCCUUGUGUUGUCUCCUAGCGAGGUAUCUACAGGAUCUCUGGCUGCGAUAGUCACGUGAAGGAGCUGAAACAGAAACUCCUUCAAGGCAAGGUGAAGGCACAGCAGCUGGAGAGAGAGGAUAUCCACGCUGUGUGCGGGGCUUUGAAAGAAUUCCUCCGGAAUCUGCAGGAACCUCUGCUGACCUUCUCCCUGCACGCCCAGUUCAUGGAUGCUGCCGGUACGGUGGGUACUAGACUCUGGUCAAAGGGUGAUUUCUGAGAACACUCCAAACAUUGUAACCACUACAGUGUGUUGUAGUGGUUGUGGUACCAGGAGUGUCCUGCCACCCCACCAGUAAUGAAAACGGUUCUAAUGGUUUGAAAUCUUACCUGCAGUCUGCCAGAUCUGUUCCCUGCCUCUCGGCACCUUCCAGGAGAGCCUGAAACUCCUGCUAGGUGCUUUGCUGGAUCUCCUAAGCUGUGCAGAGGUGUAGCUCAUUGAAUGAUGGAGUCAGCUGAAGAAACUCUCACCCAGGGGGGGUGUGGCUGGAGCUGCAUAAACAAAGUGAUUUUAAAUGGCGGAGAAUAGAGCAGUGAGACUGUAGGGGCAUGAUAUGUACGCCAAAACUGCUUCUUUAAGCUAAAGUUGUUUUGGUGUUUCUUUUAUAUUAAAACGGGUCCUAUUUUGAAGGUGAAACAUCUUCUGGAAACUCCAUAAUCGAAAAACAAAUGCAUGUUUUUUUUCUCUCUUUGUAUUGUAUAUUAAACAUUUAUUGCUCCUAAUGCUGCCAACCUGUAAUUGUUAUAGUUUCACACUAAUGUUAUGCAAGUAUUAUUAAAUCCUUAAACAAGUUUUCUUACUUAACAGAAGAAGGAAUAUAUGUAUUUGAAGGUUAGUAGGUCUUUAAUAAUUGGCAUUUAAUCAAUAGAUCUCAUGGAUGAGAAUGAAGCACGAGCUGAGGUUUGCCAAGCAGUUCAUGAACUGCCCAUUGCCAACCGGGAGACCCUUUCCUUUCUCAUUGUGCACCUGAACAGGUAACUAUAAACCACUGGGGCACGGACUAUUCAUGCCCUCUGCUCCCCUGGCUAUUUAUCACAAAAGGAAACAUUUAAUCGUUCUGUUCCGUUUGAACCACGCCUGGUUAGUACGUGUGAUCUGAAAUGAUUGCUGUGUCUAAUCCGUGAUAUUACAGGGUAAUGAAGAGCCCAGAUUGCAAGAUGGAUAAGAUGAAUUUAUCUCGAGUGUUUGGUCCGACGCUGGUUGGCUACUCUGUGCCAAAUCCCAGUCCUUUGAUGAUCAUGCAGGACACCCCAAGACAAGCAAAGGUAAAAGCUUUACAUCUGCUGCCAAAAAAGUGCAAUAAAUAUAUGAUGUGAUGCUUUACUCUUUGGAGAAAAAGAUACAUCAGUGGAAAAAUUGUCAAACCAGAUACUGUUCUUUCUGAGAUGAUGCAUACUACCUUCCACAUAUAAAUUAGUAAACCGAUUAAAUUCUAAGUGUGCAAUUAUUCUACCACAUUCCCAAGUGAUGCAUCUUGAAAAAGAUACGUAUGUUUCAAGUCGCGGUUCAUAUGUGGAGGAGAAAUAGGUGAACGGUGCCGAACAGAAGACUGUGGGGCUAAACUGUUUGUUAGAGGUUUAACCACUGACGGUAAGCAGACUUCCUGGCACCAUAACUACUCCAUUCUGAUGAAGUUGUUAUGGUGCCUUGAGUGCUUCUUUAAUGGGAGACUCUAGGCACCAAAACUACUACAAUAGAAGCUGUUCCUUAUUCUCAGAAUAUUUCAAAUAUUGCAGUUUCUGAGAAACAAUAAUGCUUACAUUUGGCUGGAACCACUGCUCUAAUGACUCUCAUAGCCAGUCACGAUUGGAUUGGCGAAGCAAUCCACGCAUAUGCCAUAGGUCCGCAAUAUGGGAGUACUACAAUUAAACUAAUUAUAUGUGUGUCCAUAUGUGUUUAUACCAAGCUACAAAUAACUCACAAUUUAUAUAACUAGCUGAUACGGAUUACUAUCUUUCAUAAAUGGACAACAAAAAUUUAAAUUCUAUAUUCGCAAUAGUGUGAACAAGAGAACCAGGAGAUAACUGUAGUAGUUAUGGUGCAUAGACUACCAUUUUAAAAUAUGAAAUUCACUUUGACUUCACUACAAUUUACACUUUAGUGAAUGUCCCAGACAUUGUACCACAUAAAAAUCCAAAUGGAUUUUUGAAUAACUGCAUAGACCCUUCACCAUCCCUUUUCUGUUACAUGCAUUCACAAAUUUGACCAAUUUGCAAUAAUUUCUUAAACUCUGGAUCCUAGUGAUUAUAUAGUGUUUUUUUAUUUAUUUUUUUAUUGCUGCUGCUAUAGUAACUGCAGCCAGUUUAGAGUGAGAUGAAAAAUGAACGCUAUUGUACAAUCACCAUAUUACUAUACGUUGCUACCGCUGGGUACGGGCUAAACCCAUAUAACCAAUGUCUACUCGACUGGUGACCUCUUUCAUGUUUAUAAAUUCUAUUUUACUUUACCAGCUUCACAACUCUACUCAUAGCGUCACUUGUUGAACUAUUUUGAAUCCUCCCAUUUCCGCAGGUGAUGAUGUUACUCCUUUCGGUACCCUGCAGUUUCUGGAACCAAUUUAUCUCCAGUUUUCAAGAAGCUCAGAACUGCGACUCUGUGACCAUGGCUCAGGGUAAGAGGGUAGAGUUUUCAGAAUGGCCAUUCUAACCUCUGUUAGUGUACCUGUUGCUACAGACCGUGUUAUAUUACUGAAUGGGAUGGCUGCAGGGUGUGAAAGCUGAGCUGCAACACAUUGGUGGCACCACAUGACAAAACAUAAAUAUUUCCAUGAAAGUCACAGUAUACAGUGCUACGUGUAAAGCAGUAUGCUCCAGGAUUGUGCAGCUAGGGUGUGCUUUUAUGUUUGUGUUUACUGUUAAUUGUAAAAAAGGGGGCUUCCAACACUGGAUGGUACAUGACCAUGCUACCAUUUCAGUAAGAGAGAAACAGUCAAAUAAUAGAGGAAUUGAUUGGAGAAUUAUAAAAGGAGUCAAAAGAUCUAAACCAGUAAGAGUUAUUUUUCUUAAAGUUCAUGACUCCACUGUGUGUGUGUUGACAUUUAUUUUAAAAGCAGUAAAAAUUAAAAUCCAGCGCACUCCCUAUCUACUAAACAGCUACUUUGGUGCUGACUGAUUUUUGUAAGUUUUAUUAAAAACACCUAAUCUAGGCGAAAAAUAAUGGGGAUUUAGUUAUAUUAUUUGAUCAUACAUUGCAUAAGUCUGCCACAACGUCAAUAUGCCCCAUCUUUGGCAGGUUGAACAUUAAUUUUUUUUCCUACUCUAACUGCCAACUGUCUGCUAAAUGAGCUACUCACUUGGGGAAAUCCUUCCAUCUCGAGUUCUCUGCAGUACAAGGUUAAAUAGGGUACUGGGAUGAGGCACCUGUGACAGGGAGGGGUGCAGAACCAAGGAGCUGGCUAGACUAUAUUAACAAGGGGUUGGUUGCACUCACCGGAACAUGCUUAAAUUGGGUGCUGCUGGGGGCCAAUAAAUACAGUUUUUAAUAAAACUUACAAAAUCUGUCAGCACCAAAGUAGCUGUUUAGUAGAUAGGGAGUGCGCUGUAUUUUCAUUUUUUACUGUAUGUAUAGACCCCCAGCAGCACCCAAUUUAAGCAUGUUUCGGUGAGUGCAACCAAUCUCUUGUUAUUCCAUAUAUAUAUAUUGAAAGUUUCCGAAUUUAUUUGUAAAACAAAAAAUCCUUUUCCCUGUUACGUUGCACUCCAGGCUGGAGUGCACCACAAAGCAUUAUAAAGAAUAUGCAUAAAAUAUAUUUAAGAACAAAAAAAAUAUAUGUAUUACAAUAUCCAGUCUGAAGUGCAUUUUCUGCAGUUGCGCUCCUGCCAAACCAGGAAGUGUGAUAGCCAAUCCUGACACUUCUGAGAGUUUAACUGCUGCCUAAGGUAGCAGAUGCUAGCCUUAUUCAGUUUUGCUUAUGUGCCAUCAGAAGCAAUCCUGAUGCGAAGGAGCUUGUUAUUGUAGGUGGGGAAUGUAGUGUCUGCAAGUCUUUCGAUGGGCACAGUGAAAGCGUGGGAUUCCUUUAGCAUUCCUGUUAGUGUUUAGGUUUAUAGCUGUGGUUAUGAGUAAUUAUGUGCCAGGAGAUUGGGACAUCCUUGCAUCAGGAUCUGUGCAAAGAGCAUAGAUUGUACUUCAGAUUGUCCCAUUAAAGAGGUAACACUGUACAUUAAAAAUAGGAUCAAGAUUGGCACACACUGGCCUUUCAUUGCAAAAUGUCAUUUUUGAGGGUGUAGUGUAGACUGUGGUUUUGUUAAACUGUAUUUCUGUAUUGGUAACAUGAAGAAAAAAAAAGUGAAUUACGGUUUCUUUUAAUACCUAUUUUUAUUGGGGUAACAGAAAUGUGUAUACAUCUGUUAAACCAAUAAAAAUAGUAUCGCAAGAAACUUCAAAACGUUAUUUUACAUCUUCAUUACUGGAAUAAUACGGCAACUCAAAAUCAUAACUUAUUGCUACACCCAUUGACCCUCUACCAUUCGUGCAGGACGUCUCUUCCGGCCUCUCACGUCUCCAGAGAUGAAAAUUGCGCCCUGUUCUUCAAAUUUCCCGUAAGUAUUAGAUCUUCCGCUACGUAUAUUCCGCUGAAUACAGCAGCGCUAAACAAACUAAGCACACCUGAUCAUAGGGGAAUCCCUCCAACCCCCAAGAAACCCAAAACAAGUCAAACAACAAUAUACAGGCAGCGCCAAGAAAAGUAUUCCAAACACAAUAAUAUAAUAUCAAUAAGAGCAAUAAAAAAACCCACAGGAUAUAGAGAGUCCACAAUAACACUUGAAAGAAUAAAAAAUACCAAAUGGUACGGCACAGUCCCUAAGGUUGCAAUUGAUCUUCAGUCCUGGUAUGGGACUUUCUUGGUAGCUUCGUUUAAUAGCAGUAUAUGAAAAGGAAGCAAAAACAGAGGCAAACCAAGAGUGCAAUAUGGGAAUACGGGUAGGACAAACAACACUUACAUAAGAUGUCAACUCACAUAUGGUAGAGCUAUAACCAGCUCUAGGGAAAACAGCAUUCAGUGGUAUACAAUCCCCACUUGCAGGAUAUCCCUCUGGUUUUGGUACACAGUAGAAUGAUGGUAAAUCCCAAAAUAGAGUGAGCAGACUAACCGCUCUAUGUAUCCAGCCUUUGUUGUAUCCCUACCAAGGAUUUCUUUUAGUUGGUUGUCCACAGUAGGUAAUAGGUCCAGAUGUCCGAUAAAAGUAUAAAAAUAAUUAAGUUCUAAAAAUAUAUUGCUAAAAGGCAGGUAGUGAGGUAGCCAAAAUACUUUAUUUUAACAGCAGCAUAAAAAAAAACCCACGUGUUUCUCCCCUUAGGGCUUUCUCAAGUGGCAAACAAAAAACACUUACCACUUGAGAAAGUCCUAAGGGGAGAAACGUGUUGUGGUUUUUAUGCUGUUAAAAUAAAGUAUUUUGGCUGCCUCACUACCUGCCUUUUAGCCAUAUAUUUUUAGAACUUAUUUAUUUUUAUACUUUUACCUGACAUCUGAUGGUAGUUCUGAUGACAAGUGUCCCUUUAAAUAGACCCUUAGCAAAAAUGCAGCAUUAUCAAAAGAUAGAGAUGCUUUAUAAAUACCUCUCCUGGUGCCAUUUCUGCACGGUAAUCCUUGUAGGAGGAAGACUGUCACCUGAGCUAUCCCUCCUGGGAUCCUCAAUCUUCCAGUAUUGAUCUCCUAGCAGAUAAAGCUCCCAGGAUCUGCAGAAUGUUGCGCAUUGUGCAAUUAUGUGCUCAUUAUGAGAAAAAAACAUCUAUACUUUCUUGUGCAUAUCUUUUGACUGUGAUAGUUUCACCAUUCUAGAACCACAAAAGUAAUCUUUUCAUAAAGCUUCCAUUGUUACAACAAACGUAUAAUCAACAGUGUCUCUCAAAUUUCAGCCAUGGUGUAAGUUAUACAGUACCACACCUCUCCCACUAUUAUCGCCAUUGUUUUGUUACUGAUUCCCCGCUCUUCUUUUAACAGGCCACCUUCUUCUGGCAACCUGCCUCGAAAACCUGGACGAUUGUUUACCUCUCCCAAUGCCUGA